AUGGCCUUGUCGUCGUCUUCUGCUCUCCUCCGCCGCGCCCGCCAUCUGUCAACCGCCAUCGCUACCGUCCCCGCCACCACCACCACCAAUGCCACAGUCUCAGCUUCCAUGACUAUUUCCAAAGCCAAAUCGAAACUCAGAACGGAACACAAUACCGAUAAAGCCUUAGACAUCUACUCAACCGUCAAAUCCAACUACUCCGCAUCGUCCCCGGGGUCCACACACCAUGCCCAACAGAUCACAGUCCGCCGCCUCGCAAAGUCUCAUCGUUUCUCCGAUAUAGAAGCUCUAAUCGAAUCCCACAAAAGCGAUCCUCGAAUUACUGAUGAGCCCUUCCUGUCUUCACUCAUUCGAUCGUACGGCAUCGCUGGCAUGUUUGAGCACGCCCUCAAUACAUAUAAUCAGAUGGAAGCUCUAAAAACCCCUAGAUCAACCAUAUCAUUCAAUGCAUUGCUCAUGGCAUGUGUGAAUUCGAAGAAUUUUGAUCGUGCCCCACACCUGUUUGACGAAAUGCCAGCAAAGUAUGGGUUCCAACCGGAUGACUAUUCGUAUGGUAUACUGGUUAAGUCUUUUUGCGAUGCCGGUAAGCCUGAAAAGGCGAUUGAUAGAUUGAAAGAAAUGGACAAAAAGGGUAUUCAGAUUUCUGGGGUUAUUUAUACAUCAAUAAUACAUUCAUUGUAUAAGAAAGGAAAUGCCACUGAAGCUGAGAGGAUUUGGGAUGAGAUGGUGAAUAGAGGGUGUUUGGUAGAUGUUGCAGCAAACAACGUUAGGCUAUUUAAUGCAGUUGACGGUGAUCCUGAGAACAUCAAGACAAUGAUCGAGGAAAUGAGCAAUUCGGGGCAAAAACCUGAUACCAUAAGUUACAAUUACCUGAUGACUUGUUACUGUAAAAAGGGGAUGAUGAAGGAAGCCAAGGAGGUGUAUGACAAGCUGGAAGAGAACUGUUGUAACCCAAAUGCUGCCACAUUUAGGACUUUAUUGUUUUAUUUGUGUAAGAAUGAGCAGUUUGAGACUGGGUAUAAGGUCUUUAAACACAGUGUGAAGGUCAACAAGAUACCAGAUUUCAAUACACUGAAGUAUUUGGUUGAAGGAUUAGCAAAAAAGUCAAGAACCAAGGAUGCCAAAGGGAUGAUCAGGACGAUGAGGAAGAAGUUCCCUCCUAAUCUUUUGGUUGCUUGGUCAAAAAUUGAGAAGGAGCUUGGUUUAGUCAGUAUUGAAGCCGAGGCUGCAAAAGAAGUUAGGACAUAAGUUAUCUGGGAUAGGUAUCGAAUAAGACCGCUAUACGUCAUUUCAUUGACAUGAUACAACAAACAGGUAGCCGAUAGCUCUCAUCAACACAGAUACCAUAUGUUUCAUCCGGUGCCGGACCUUGUCAAGAAGGUAAGUGAUACAAAUGUCAUGUUCAAUAUUUUAUCUAGUUGAUGAGUGAUUGAUUUGUUUAAUUAUAAACAAAUGCUAGUUUUGAGUCAUUCACAGCUCAAAUAUGGAGCUUUUAGAGGAUGUUGAUUGUUGCUUACUGAUUUUUAUGUCAGUCAGAAACUUUUUUGUUGUUCAGU